UCGUGGAUAAGAGUCAUAACUCCUCUUGCUUGAGAAGAAAAUGUUGAAGUGAAUACAUUGCCUCGCCACCUCCUCCUGACCCGCCCCUCAUCCUCUUUCAUAAGAUGCGUCUCCUGUAGAAAUACUAUUCUGGAAUCCAAAUCUUGCAGUUUAUUAAUGACUUGUUUGACCUUCUUUAGACGUUGUAGGCCCCUGCAGUUCCAUGUAACCAUUUUAACAUUUAAGGCUUGCGACAGUUAUGAUUGGAACGACACGAUGUUCAUGACGAUUGCUGCAGAAAGUGAUAAUCAAGACCCCAACAGGACCAGUACCCUGACCAAAAGUAUCUCAGUGCAAUUUGAAGUCAAAAUGCUAUUAACAGUGAAGUCAGACAGCACUACCUAUCUGAACUUCACAUCAGAGGAGCCUGCACCUAAAGAAGUGACUAUUACAUACAGGAUCUAUAACACUGGUUUUAAGGAUUUCCCCGUCAAUGUCACCCUGUUCUUCCCAACCAAACUGGAGCAUAACUUUGAAAUGAAAAGCUAUGAAGUCGUUAUGAAGCAGAACAAAACAAAGUGCACAGCCAGUACUGACCAGAAAUCCAAGGACUGCCCGCUAGAAAAUAAGUGUGUUGCAAUGGUCUGCAAUACUUUUGAUUUGGAGAAACAUUCAGCUGCAGAGUUUACGCUGUCAGGAAAAGUACAUUUUAGAGACCUCGAUCAAAAGGCAGCCAACCUUCCUUUUCUGAAGAAAUACAAAGGAGACAGUGGAAAGGUUACAUUUAUGAGUGCUAUAAAGGUUCAAUAUGACAAGGAUCGGUAUGUGCUGGAAUCUCAUACACAAAAGAAUAAAGGUGGUUCUACAGAAUCCCAAUUUCCAAUGAGAAAGACUGAAGUUCGGGUUGAUUUCAUUAUCCUCCCUAAUAAGCUGCUGAUCAUUUCAACUGGAGUUGGUGUGGGACUCUUGCUUCUGAUUAUAAUCACAGUCAUCCUGUUUAAGCUCGGCUGCUUCAAGAGGAAAAAGUUUGGAGAGGAGGAAGAAGAAAAUCUCCAGGAUAGCAGCGCUGAGAUACCAUUCCCUGCUCUCACUAAAUCUGACCAAACUUCAGAGGAUAAUCAGAACCAGGAAGAAGCAUCCCAUCUCCUCUCCUCUACCCCCACUAACGGGCAGAUUGGGCAGUCAGAGACUGAUAACAAAUCUGAUCAACCUUGUGAGGAAAAUGCUUCAGAAUGAUGGUGCAGCUGAAAAUGAAAUUAGUGUUACUAUUAAUGCACAAAGUGAAGGAAUAGCAUGAAAGUUUGGAAAAUACACUGGUUAGUCUGUUCUAAUCUGUAUUAAUCCAAGCUGUCACCAAGCAAAGACAGGAAAGAGUGAGAAAAAAAAAGACCAAAACUUUCAACCUGUUUCUGUCCAAAAGUAACACAAGCUUCUAAGCUGGGCUAUAUAAUUAGCAUGCAAUCUCUCCUUUUUAGUAUCUUUUUAACUAAAUUGGUUAGCUUUGGUUUAAACUGUGUCUCUGACCAUUAUUUGUUUUUGCUUGUGAGCCAGACAAUAACAAACUUGGUUUAGGGGCAUGAUAUCCCAGGUCUGAAUCCCAGAUGAGCCCCCAUAUACCACAAUAAAUACCAGGAGAGGCACAGUUUAAACAGGAACAUACCAAAUUUUUUUUUUUACCAAUAUAUUUUUUAUUAGGAUUUUUCACUUUGCAAAUACAAGCACGUAAUUGUCUGAACGGGUUCUCUUUGUAGUUAUUACAUGGUAGUCAUUAGUUUUACUCAACUUAGAGAAAUGAAAAUAAAGAAGUAAAGGAAAAAAGAAAAAAGAGACAAAUAGAAAAAAAAAAAAAAAAAAAAAAAA